AUGACGAGUGCUACUCAGGGCAGCAUAUCGCCCGAUAUAUGCUCAGACAUUGAGAUCGAUGAGGCAGUCAUCAAGGAUGAGCCAAUGUCGCCCGACUCUAGCUGCCCCGCCAGUCCAAACUCACAGAACAGCAGCGCCCAUCAGCUGAGCAUCAAUCUGGCCAAUUUACAAACAGAGUUGCUCUUUGACCAAAAGCAUGGUGGACUUUUGCUUACUGCAAGCAGCAACAACCUCAUCAAAUCCCAGCAGCAGCAGCAACUGUUGCUUGGUCAGAGCAGCCAAAGCCAAAGCAGCCUUAUGGUGCCCAAGAUAGCCAUCAAAAGUGAGAAACAAAGUGCGGCCAGCAACAACAGUUCAUCGGGUAAAUCGCAUGCGUAUGGCAUACCGUUGACGCCGCCCUCCUCUCUGCCCAGCGAUGACUCCGAAGGUAACUUGUCGCCGGAACAUUUGUAUGCGCCACUGUCCCCCAACGCUUCCGCCGUUUCGAUAUCCGCCGUUACCAAUGCAGCCGCCAAUGCCAAUUCAGCUGAUUCAGCCAACAAUGGGAGCGCGCGACGCGCUGACUCUGCUUUGGCACGCGCCGCCGCAAGUAGCAGCAAUGGUGCCUCGAAUAAUGCCGCAACAUCGACGAGACAACCCAUACACACGCCGUUGAUAAGCUCCCAGCCGUUGAUAAGCUCCCGGUAA